ACGUUUGCAUCUUGUUUACAACAUGGCUGCCCGGUAAGGGUGAUGCAGAACGGGAGCUCUCUCCGUUCUGCUUGUAGAAGCGACGUUUUAGCGUUUAGGUUAACUUAUCAGCAUUAAGGGAACAGCAAAACAACCGUUCAAGGAUGCCGGCACUAAUCGAACGACCAAAGAUGAGCCUGCAGAUGUGGGCGGCUUUGAAGAGCCACAUUAUGCGCGAAAGGGAAAGGAAGAAGCAAGAGCAAGAAGCUGACGAAGCAAUCGAACGACUGCGUCGAGAACAGGAAUUGAAGCGCAAACAGGACGCCAUGACGUUGGAGGAGAUAAAAGAUCAGGUCACGCAGUCAGAGAAGAAGCUCAAAGAGCUGAAGGACGAGAAGCAUCAGCUUUUCAUGCAACUCAAGAAAGUACUCCACGAAGAUGACACUCGUCGCCGUGCGCUAGACAAAGAGGCCAGCGAAGUGGCCGCAGCCCAAGCUGCUGCGGCCAGUCAGGCCUACGCUAACCACCAGGCUCUCGGCAUCGUGGGCGGAGCAGGCCAAGCCCAGCCGCUCUACAUCCAAAGCCUAGGCCGCACACCUGUCCUGUACAAGAUGACAAGCCCGCAAUCUGGCAAUACCAUCAGGACCCACUCAAGCUCGCUGAAGCGGCCUCACUCACCUUCGCCGCCCCUUUCGUCACACUCCCAGACUGGUUACCAGGCUCCCCAGUUUACGUACAAGGCACAGGUCACUGCAUAUGGCUCCAAGCUUGUCCCAUAUCCGACAGUCGUAACCUCAGGAGCACAGCAAACUCCAGUCUACUAUGCGGCUCACCACAUCCUUUCGGGUGGCGAGACAAGCGCGUCGCCUAUCUACAAUGCAACCACGUAUGCACCGCAGUUCACCACCCAUUCCUCAACAGCAACGGAACUUGCCUUGAAACAGCAUGGAGUUGUAACACCAACCUCAGCUUCAUCAUCACAGGGGCAAGGUUACACACACAUCUCACAGCAGGCUUUCCAAAAGCACCUGGAACACGGCAGCAGCAAGGGAGCUGCAUCGUCAUCUACCAGCACCUACAGCGAUGACAAGUUUUACGUCCAGACGAAUGUGAUCCCUCGAGCUUCACUCUCUGGGUCACUUGUGACAGGGCAGCCGGUUGUGCCGGUGUCACGCCAAGUGAACGGUACAUUUGCGGGGCAGGGUGUUCAGCGUCACCAGUACACUAGUCAGUCGGGAACACGGUUUUACUGAAGCCACCAAAGCACACAGUUUGUUGUCCUUUUGUUUUGUUUUGGUUUCUUUUUCUUAAUUACUUUGGUUGUUUGUUUUCUUUCUUGCUUGCUUGCUUUUUUUCUUUUUUUUAACAACCAGGCUUUAGAAUGUCUGCUUUAUUCCAUGCUGUUUUCUAGCUGGCUAUUGCAGCAUCAAGUCAUACAGAACCGGCAUUUUCUCCUUUUUUUUCUUUUCCUUUUUUUUUUUAAUCCAAGAGAAGUAAUUUAUGGUAUGGAUUAUUGAAAACUGUUCUGAAAAAUUGUAGUCGCGUGCGUGAUGCACAUGUUGGCAAUCCAUUCACUCGUUCUUGUUUCCGGUGAUGUGUCACAAGAGCCAUGCUAAUGUUGAGUGCCAUAUGAAUGGUUUUGCAUAAUCUCGUUAUUUUCAAUUUGCAAUCAUUAACUAUUCAUUCCAUGCAGCACCCUUCAUGUAACAGCAUUGGUCAGCAUAGAGAGCUUUCAGUUAAUACACAUCGCUGUAUGUAAGCGACAUGUGGAGUGAGCUUCUAUUAUGAAUUCUCAAGCAUCAGAAUCUGAUUCUGCAGUUCACAUGGCUUGAGGUGAAUGGUUAUGCUUACUGUUUCCAAAAUGCUCCUUGUGACGGCAUGAAUGAAGUAUGGCGCAGCAGUUAAUUUAUGAGUGAAGUCAUUGUGCAUCCUGUCAUUUUGCACUGCUGAAGAAAUGCCCUAAGAUCUUUUUUUACAAUAUCAAAGUUAUCCACACCAUCGAUAUUGAGGACUCAACAUCCUUGACACUCAACAACUUGACAAGGACAUACUUAGAUAACUAACGAGAACAGUUUUGUCAUCAGUAUCAAGGACCUCUUAUGAUUGUCACUGAGCACAUUGUUGUAACAUUCAUCUUGCCAUGACAAGGUGAUUGAAACCAUUUGUGUUGAUCUCAUAUAAUGACGUCAGCAAUAGCCUUGUUUUCUUUUUCUUUUUUUCCCAUGUGUGCUGAUGAUUUGCUUCACAUGCAAUAAAAAGCAAACAUCGCACUGAAGCUAUAAACAGCUUUCCAGCAAUUUCAGCUAA